UCAUUUGUUAUAAUGGUAACAAUUUUAAAGUUCUUUCAGUGACACAGUCUGUUUGCUCCUGUAACAAAUAUCAAAAAUAAGAAUGGCAUUAUUUUUCAUUUUUAUAGGAUUUGUACAGGUUAUUUUUCAUUUAUGCUAUGCUGCUUCAAGUAAUAUAAGACUGGUUGGUGGCUCAAGCCAGUACAGUGGACGUGUCGAGAUCCAAGUUAACCAGAGGUGGAGUACUAUCUGUCACCAUGGGUUUUCCGACACAAAUGCCGCCGUUAUUUGCAGGAUGCUAAACUUCCCUACAACUGGCGCUUGGGCUAUUACAAAUCUCACAGGAUAUCCAAAUGCGACCAUCGAUAUCUGGCUUGACCAUGUUAUGUGUAAUGGAUCUGAGAAAAGCAUCGUUGAUUGUGAUUACCGGAUACCAAUGAACUCAACUUACUGUAACCAUAGCAUUGAUGUGGGUGUUAUCUGCUCCUCUACUGCCGACAUUAAUAUAAGUCUGAUUGGUGGCCUAGACCAGUACUCUGGACGUUUAGAGAUUGAACUUGACAACAGGAGGGGUACCGUUUGUGGCGAUUUAUUUUCUGACAGAAAUGCCGCCGUUGUUUGCAGGAUGCUAAACUUCCCUACAGCUGGGGCUCGGGCUAUCACGAAUUUCACAGGCUACCCAACUGCGCCAGCCCAUAUAUGGCUUGACGAUGUUGAGUGCACGGGAUCUGAGCAGAGCAUCGCUGAUUGUACUCAUCGCAUACCCUGGGGCUCACAUAACUGUAACCAUAACCAGGAUGUUGGUGUUGUCUGCUCCUCUAUUUCAGCUAUCAAUAUACAACUGGUUGGUGGCUCAAGCGUGUACAAUGGGCGUGUUGAAAUUCAACUCCAUGGCAGGUUUGGCACAGUCUGUAGCGAUAAUUUUUCCGACGAAAAUGCUGUCGUUGUUUGCAGAAUGCUGAACCUCCCUACUCGGUUCGCUCUGGCUUUUACAAAUCUGCUAGGCUACCCAAGAGCGCCGGACAUGAUCUGGCUAGACGAUGUUGUGUGCACAGGAUCUGAGCAGAGCAUCGCUGAGUGUACUCAUCGCAUACCCUGGGGCUCAAAUGACUGUAAUCAUAACAAUGAUGUUGGUGUUGACUGCUUCGCGUCUACUGACAUGUAUAUACGACUGGUUGGUGGCUUAAGCCAGUACAGCGGACGUGUUGAGGUAUUAUUCAAUAAGCAGUGGGGUAGUGUCUGCAGAAAUGGAUUUUCAGACACAGAUGCUGUCGUUGUUUGCAGAAUGCUGAACCUCCCUACAGCUGGGGCUCGGGCUAUCACGAAUUUCACAGGCUACCCAACUGCGCCAGCACAGAUAUGGCUUGACGAGCUUAGGUGUACGGGAUGUGAGCAGAGCAUCGCUGAUUGUACUCAUCGCAUGCCCUGGGGCUCAAAUAAAUGUAACCACAACGAGGAUGUUGGUGUUGUCUGCUCCUCUAUUUCAGCUGCCGCCAAUGAUAUAAGACUGGUUGGGGGCUCAAGCCAGUACAGUGGACGUGUCGAGAUUUUAUACAACGGGACGUGGGGAACUCUCUGUGACAAUGGGUUUUCUGACAGAAAUGCCAUCGUUGCGUGCAAAAUGCUUAACUUCACAACAGGUUUUGCUCAAGCUAUAACAAAUCUGACUAACUAUCCAACUGCGCCAGCCCAGAUAUGGCUUGACGAUUUUGUGUGUACGGGAUGUGAAAAGAACAUCGCUGACUGUAAUCAUCGCCAUUGGGGCUCAAAUAACUGUAACCAUGACGAUGAUGUGGGUGUCAUCUGCUCCUCUAGUGUUUCUUUGAUAAAUGGCUCAUCCCCAUACUCGGGAAUUGUUGUUGGACAUUUGAGAACCUUUUGUGACCUUGGAUUUAGUAAGGAGGCAGCUAACGUGACGUGCACUAGUCUUGGAUUUGGUGAAUAUAGCAGACAUUACCAUAUGCAAGUAUUAGGUAAUGGUGAUGGGGACACGCCAAUGCUGAAGAAGAGCAUAACCUGUAUUGGUACAGAGAAAGAUUUAGAGUUCUGUGACAGAUCUGAAGCUGAGUUGGAAGAUUGCCAACCAGAUAAUGCUGUUGGCAUUGAAUGCAAAGGUGGGCCUAUACGAUUGUAUUCGUAUAAAGGAAUUGAAUAUGAAGGAACCUUCCAGUUUUUCGAUGGCAAGGAGUGGCGGAGUAUUAUAAAUCGUACAUCAGAAAACACGGCGAAAACAUUGUGCAGCCUUCUUGGAUUUGGGUAUGUAGGAUCAAGUUUUGGGCAAGAGAACCUGCUCCCAGGAACAGAAUAUGUUUCACUUGACUGUAACGGAACAGAGAAAGAUAUUGCACAAUGUAAGUGGACAAGAGGAAAUAAUGACGGAGAAUAUGGAACAUUGGUCCUUUUUUGUUCAGACUAUGCAAUAAAGGAUGUCCGACUAAGUGAUUCGGAUGUUCUCACCGGGUUUAUUGAAGUCUCAGUUAACAAUUAUUGGUGGAAAGUUUGCUAUACUGGCUUUACCGAAUAUGCUGCCGAUCUGAUAUGCCAAACACUUGGACACGGCAAAAACGAAUGGUUUACUAAAGAUGUGGAUUCAAAUCGAUAUAGUUAUCGUUAUCGUUAUCGUUAUAGUACCAUCGGGUCAUUGAUUUGCGACAAAAAUGACAAAUUAUUACGAGAUUGUAAAGUUAUACCCAUGGCAUUUUAUUCUUAUGGACCUGGUGAAUGUGAUGGCAACAAAAUAAAAAUUAAAUGUCUUGAAGAUUCUACACCGAACAAUAUUUUUACUGCUUUCAUGUGCAUUCUGCUUGGAGUGUUAGUUGUUGGGUCUGCUGUUUAUUUUCGCAAAGAGAUGGAAAGAUCAAUACAAGAUCGAAUACGCCGACGUAGACAACGUCAACAACAAAGACAACAACAAAUGGCAAAUACAACAAGGGGUGAAGGAAGCGGUGGCGAUGACGCGAACGCGACUAUUGAUGAUAAUGGUACACUUGCAAUACCUUUGCAAGCCGUUCCUAUUCCACCCGAGGAAACAGACGGCAAUGACAUGGAUAGCAGCGAUUCUGAAAUUAGGCGAUCUUGAACGGGCAAGACACCAGAUAAUACCAUUGCAAGAAAAAAAGAAAAUAGUAAACAACUUACAUAAGAUUGAUACCGUUUUGUACAACGCAUUAAAUAUUACUUACUGAUGUAUCACAUAGUUAACGACACAUGCAUCUUUCGCUGUUUGUGUGUAUUUUUCCAAUUCAAAAUUUACCGGGUCUAUCUACCACGUAAAUCCCAGUAAAUUUGAAAAAAGCGUCGGUAUAUUUAUCUGAACUUAUCACGUCCCUUCACACGUAAAUGCAUAUUGUAUUGACAUGAACAUGUAAAUGUAGACUGUAGUGGCAUGCACACGUACAUGCAUAUUGUAUUGACAUGCAUGUACAUGUACAUGUAGACUGUAGUGGCAUUUUUCAAAAAUGUCUUUUAUAUUUGUGUGUAUAUUCUCUGUUUGAUAAUGUUCCUUUGCGUUUUCUUAUUACAUUUGUAUUUCUUGGUAAUGUCUUAUACAUGUAUACAUUUGUCCCUUAAGGCAAGACUGUUGCGACCGAUUUAAUCUUAAAUAAGUAACCAUCCUUUUAAUUCUGUUUGUUUUCUGUGAAUCUUAAACACUUUUUUUAUUAAAUUGUUGUGUAUAUACCCUGUUUAAUAAAGUAACCCUUCGUUUUCAUUUGAAUAUGUUUGUAUUACUUGUUAAUAUCUAAUACAUGUAUACAAAUUGUCUCUUAAAGGCCUAGUUAAAUCCUUCUAUAAGUGACCCCAACCCCAGAUCUGUGUACAGUACACAGCCUCUGUGUAUUGAUCUUAAUCAGAUUGCCUUGAUCCCUAUUAUCAGAUCUCCGAUCUGAGUAUCCUGCUGUGCAGUUUUGGAGGUGUUAUUAUAGAAAUGGACACUAAAUCACCCUGAGCCAAUAAACGAAUACACAGAAAAUUGGCCCCUACUGUGACACCAGUGCAAUUAGCAGAAGAUGCACAGCAGGGGAUUAUCAUGCCAAUCAUUCCUUAGACUAGACCUUUAAGGCAAGGCUGUGGCGACUAAUUUAAUCCCAAAUAAAUAAUCAUGCUUUUAAUUCAAUUAUUUUCUGUGUAUCUUAAACACAGUCAUGUUAUUUGAUUCUGUUAUUGUGUAUAUAGUUUGUUUGAUAAAGUUCCUCUUCGGUUUCAAAUUAUGUUUGUAUUAUUUGUGUUAGUAUAGCUGCUUGUUUUAUUUUUAUAAAUUUAUAUGUGACAUGUUCAUAUAUAGAGCCUUUUUAUUGAAUAACACUUCCUACGGACAGAUGAUCUAAAACAUGUAUAUAGGUUUCCUUACGGAAGUGCUGUUGAGACACAUUUAAUCCCAGAUAGAUUGCCGAAUACGUUUUUAGUUGAAAUAUGCUUUUAAAUCAUUUUAAUUAUUUAUUUUCCGUGUAUCUUCAACAGAAUGUUCUUUGAUUAUGUAAUAAUGUAUAUACUCUGUUUGACAAUGCUAUUUUGCGAUAAUAUCAUAGUAUAGUUGUAUUACAUGCGUGUGUAUUGCUUUUAUAUCAAAUUGUGACAUAAAGAGCCUUAAUGUUGAGUAAGACUUGAUAACUUUCAUCUAAACAUGUAUAUAUUUUAGGUAAGGUUAUGGCGACCGGUUUUAUUAUACUUUUAAUCAAGUAAUUUUUCGUUUGUCUUAAACAAAUGUAAUUUGAUAAUAUCAUUGCAAUAAUGUUCCCCUGUGCUCUCAUAUUAUUAUUGUAUCACAUGUGUGUGAAUUGCUGCGUGUUUGUUUAAUUUAUGUCACAUACUCAUACAUAAAACCUUUAUAUUGAAUAAACCUUGCAGUCCUCUUAUGGCCUGAUGAUCUAAACUUGUAUCAGGAACGCACCUAAGGUAUUUUAAACUGUACGCCCGUACACUCUUGUGCUAGGUGUCGACAAGUAAAGGUCUUUCUUUACUUAGGUCACAAUGUGUUAUAUGUGUGGAAGCGACGGUGUCCCCUGGUUUGUUUUUGAAGAAAACAUUUAUAAAGGAACCAUCUUCAAGUAUUAUGUACGCUAAUAUGCAGUCAGAAAAAGUCAAACUUAAACUGAUAAAAAGAAUGUUUGAUAAUACUUAUGUGAAAAACUACAGAAACAAGCUCAGUAGCAAAACGUUUAAACAUAAAAACAUAAACCCAGUUUAAUGGCAUUGGGUAAACGCCAAAGAAAUAGAACACAAAAACAAAAAAUCACAAACAAGAAACAUGGAAGAACAGCACAAACAGCAAAUGCAUACAUACUACAUGUAUAUAUACCCCAUUAUACUUCUUUUAUUACUUUUGAUUUUGGGUUUUAGGCAUUUGCCAUUUCCAUGGAGAUUAAAUGCAUGUGUACGCCCGCGCGUAGUGGAGUAUACUUAGGUACGCCCCUGUGUAUAUAUUAUAUAUUAUUUGUAUCAUGUUCAUAUAUCAUGCUUAUGUAUUGCUGCUUGUUUCUGUAUUAAAUAUCAAAUGCUCAUUUGUAGAGCCUUUAUGCUUAAUAAAUCUUGCAAACUUG